AUGGAUUCUACUCCAUAUGCACACACGGCAAACUUCGUUGAGCUUCUUAAUAGCCAACAAGACACUGUCUUUCGUUUAGUAGAAGACAAUGUCGAUCCAAAUUCAUCACAUGUUCCUGUCUUCGGCAGUCAAAGUACUGAAGCUUCCAACCUUGGUGUAGACAAGCCUUCAGAGCGUAGAGAAAGAAGGACGUGGUCGCCAGCUGAUGAUCUUGUGCUCAUCUCCGCCUGGUUAAACACGAGCAAAGAUCCUCUAGUAGGCAAUGAGCAACGUUCUGGUGCAUUCUGGAGUAGAAUCACAGCAUACUAUGCAGCCAGUCCGAAGUUUAGUGGAUCGUAUGAAGCUGCAACAAGAGAGAAGACAAGCGGCCAAAAUGAGGUUGAUGUUCUCAAUAAUGCUCACGCCAUCUUCAACAACAACUACAAAAAUAAGUUCACGCUUGAACAUGCGUGGAGAGAGCUUCGCCAUGACCAGAAAUGGUGUGGCAAUGAAAGCAGCAACAAAAGGAGGAAGUUUGAUGAUGGUUCUCAUUCAGCAAGCGAGUCUGUGAAAGAUAACGAUGCUGAAGUUGAUGACGGCACAAACCGCCCCCCGGGAGUAAAAGCAGCAAAAGCCCGUGGGAAGAAGAAGCCGAUGGUGGAGAAGUCUGAAUUUCAGACUAUGUGUACCAUCAAGCAGGAGGAUUUGGUUGUCAAGGAAAGGCUUGGGAAGAUGAAGCUACUUGACAGUCUCAUUGCAAAGGAAGAACCUCUAGAUGAUGAAGAAGCAGCUCUGAAGAAGAAGUUCAUUCUUGAGCUGAUGUCUAAUUAG